AUGUUGUUGUUAAGCCAGUGCAAUAAAUUCGUGAGCUUAUUACGAGGCGCGACUGAAAAGAAAGUUAUUGUCGUUGGUGGCCCAGCCGGUUGUUGUGGUGUUGUCGCUUGUUCUUGGAACCUGCUGCUGGCUGUUUGCCUACUCAUUGCAGCUCAGCUGAGCCAGGCAGCACCAUCAUCAUCAUCAUCAUCGUCGACAGAAACAGCAAAUGAAACCGCCUGGCCACCUAUGCAUCAUUAUGAUAUUUGGAGCGCAGAUUUGAAAUCGCCAUCGGCUGUGCAGCAGUUGGACAUGGAUAUUGAUCUAAUCGAGGAGGAGGAAUUGCCAGCACAUGAGCAAUUGUUGCUGCAGGAUGACAACGACCACGACAACACCUAUCAAUUGAGCAACUUCAGCAGUCGACAGCCCAAGGUGAUUCAUCUUUUUCCCGUGCCCGUUGAUGGGGAAUGCCUAUCGGAUGAUGGUCGUCGCAUGGGCAACUGUUUCAAUGCCUACGAAUGCCGUCAAAAGGGCGGCCAGGCGAGAGGUGAAUGUGCCAUGGGCUUUGGUGUCUGCUGUGUUUUUAUGGCCGAUUGCAAUGGAACAAUUGCCAACAAUUUGACCUAUUUUGUGUCACCGGGAUUUCCCAGUUUUAUGCCCAGCAACUUUACGGAAUGUAAAUUGAGGGUGAAAAUCAUGAGCGAUGACAUAAGUCAGCUGCGUCUCGAUUUUGAUCACUUUUCGCUGGGACAACCCAAUCGAAGGACAGGAGUCUGUGAUGGAGAUGUGUUCAACAUCCGUGGGGGACCCAGAGGAUCCUUCCAGCUCUGUGGCCAAAACAGUGGACAACAUUUGUACUAUGAUGUGGGUAUCCGAUCGCUUCCCCGCCAGUCGACACUGUAUGGCAGUCUACGUCCGGCAUUGCCCGCGAAUGUAACUGUCAACAAUUUGCAGGAUCAGCUGAUUGAGAUCAGCUUGAAUGUCUCGAAGCGUUUUCUGCCAAUGCGAUUAUGGGAGAUACGCGUGCUGCAGAUACCCUUUAAUCAGCGUGCGCCGGCGGGAUGCUUGCAAUAUCAUACAGGAGUCGAGGGCGUUCUUCAGACCUUUAACUUUGCCGAGAACGGAAGACACUUGGCCAAUCAGCAUUAUAAGAUUUGUGUGCGACAGGAGCUGGAGAUGUGCUCGAUCAUUUACCAACCGUGUGAUGAGCAAUCGUUUCGCAUUGGCGGAGGAAUGAGUGGCGGUUCCUUUAUGCCCAACAUGAAUGGCAGCAGUUCAUCUGCAGCUCCUCUGGCAGCGACUGCGGCAACUGGCAAUGUGACAACGGCAGCAACCAGCAAUCUCUUUCAGUUGCUCAGCAAUUGGGUAAAUAACACGACAACAACAUCGACAACAGCUCCGAGCACAACGACAGCUGCAACCACAGUCAAUGUCAGCACUACAACAACAGUUGCUGCCACAACCGAGCGCAGCAGCAGCAGCAGCACGACAGCAAUGACAACAGCCAUGACGACAGCAACUCCUGUGCGUUCCAGCACAACGGCUGCCCCGGAUGAGUAUCCCGAAUAUGAUGAAACUGAGGAAGAUGAAUCUGAGGAGACGCCCUCAUCCUCGCCAGCAAAUGAUGAUGUCGAAGGCUCUGGCGGUAGUGAAGAUUAUGACAACGACAGUAUCUUUAAUUUCUUUGGCGGCGGUGGCAAUCGAGCAACCACUGCACGGCCUGGAGUGUCUCGUAAACCACGUCCAGUUGGUGGUGCCAAUACAGGCGGCUCCUCCUCCUCCUCCUCUUCCACCUCAUCCUCGUCGGGCUUUGAUCUUUUUGGUUUUCUGCGCAGCGCCUUUGAUUUGCGUCUGCGACAUCGACGGCGUCGUCGGGAGGCACGUCAAUUCUUUAGCACAUGCUCGGAUCGAAUCACGAUGCCCUGCAUCAUUGAGGAUUUCAUUGGCACUGGACUGGGUCCCCUGCCAGGCUGUGAGCCCGUACAUUGCGGCUCACAGUUCUGCUCCUCUGGCGUCUGGCCGUGUCGCAUUGAAAGCACCGUCACUCCAUUUUAUAUUGGAGUGCAUUUCGGAGAUGGAAAUGCACCUGGUAAGGGCAAUGCUGAGGAUAAUAUCGGUGCCUGUCUGCGAUAUUCCCAGGUGCCCUGCGUCUAACUGGAGAUUAGCUUUUAUUACGUUUUAGAAUUUACAUUACGAAAUUUUAAAUUUAGAACUUCAAGAAUUUAUUUACGAGACAUUUAAGCUGUUAAUCAUUAAAAUUAGAUUAUUAAUUAGCAAAUUAUAGCUUAGUGCCAAGGAAACAGAAACUAUUCUCGAUAGGGAAUAUACAAACAUAUACAUAAUCAGUACAGAUUUAAACUAUGAAAUCCGAAAAUAUUCGCCCAAAUUAUAAGUAAAUCAUUUAAUGUAUACAUAAUUUGAUUAUAAAUACCCAUACAAAUAUUUAUGUUUGAUCAAAUAUACGGGUCUGGCGUGUUCCGAGAUGUAAACGAAAGUAAUUUAUGGAUAUAUAGUA